GUUCACAAAGACCAUGGACAUGACAAACGAUUUUGAAAGUGGGGAACUGCUGAGUCCCUACAACGAUUCUGACACAUCCUCAUGAGCACAAACGACUGCAGCGCACGGAAAUGCAGAGCUACAUGUUCACAACCCUUACUCGUCGAAGUCGGAUUCGAGAGAAGCGGUCGAGUCCGCUUCUACGACAGAGGCUCGUGCUUGCCGCGUCCAGCUUGGGUAUGGAACCGUGGAAGGCCAGUAGCAAGUUGCUCUGUCUCUGUCCUGUUCUCAUUCAUGCGCAAUUCCCAGACAUGGCUACUUGUCCCGCUUCGUUCCACCGGCCAACCGUCAACUCGAAGGCUGACCAGCGACUUGGCUCGCAGCCUAACGGUGACGACUCGAACGUGAACGCAAUUCCCACAACGGCCAGCGACGCGUGGAGUUUGGUGGAUAAGAAUGAAACCAUGUACGACGUCCCCGUCUUGUAGCAUUCAUUGUACGAUGAUAUUGUACGAGACGAAAGCGGGUUCAAGAUGAUUUGCCGUCAGGCUCCCUCUGUGAUCUUGACACAAUAUGCUAUGAGC